ACGAUGGCGGAUCGCUCGGCUGCAGACCGGGCCUGCAAGGACCCCAACCCGAUCAUUGACGGCAGGAAGGCCAAUGUCAACCUGGCCUAUCUGGGAGCCAAGCCUCGAGUGAUGCAGCCAGGUUUUACCUUUGGUGUUCCCCAAAUCCACCCUGCGUUCAUCCAAAGGCCUUAUGGCAUCCCAGCUCACUACAUGUACCCUCAGGCCUUUGUGCAGCCUAGUGUGGUCAUCCCUCAUGUGCAGCCCACAGCCACUGCGCCUGCCACCGCUUCCUCCCCUUACAUUGACUACACCGGAGCAGCCUAUGCGCAGUAUUCUGCUGCGGCCGCCAGCGCCGCAGCUGCUGCUGCCGCGUACGAGCAGUAUCCCUACGCCGCAUCCCCUGCAGCCGCAGGUUACGUGGCCACCACCGGCUACGGCUAUGCAGUCCAGCAGCCUUUAGCCACCGCCGCCCCAGGCUCGGCCGCCGCCGCAGCUGCGGCCUUUGGUCAGUACCAGCCUCAGCAGCUGCAAGCCGACCGAAUGCAAUAGCAGCCACUGCAACCACUGGACAUGCAGCGAGAGGGGGCCCGUCCCCUGCCACAGCUGACGGGUCAGGAGACGAAGCGAAGGAGGAAGGUAGAGGGAGUGGCUUUAAGGGCGGACGUGUCAGCAACUCAGAGGCAGAGUUGCUUUAAAAAGGUGGCGAUGAAGAUGAUGGUGGUGAUGAUGAGGGUGGUGGUAGUGAUGAUGAUGAUGAUGAUGAUGUUGGUGAUGAUGAUGGUGAGGUGGGAACUUUAUACGCUAACGUUCCAACUUGCUGUGCUUCAACCAAAAAAAAUUAGAAAAUGAAAAAAAUUUGCAGAACAAAUAAUGGAAGGUGAUUUACUUUUAUAGUUAUCGUUAUUACUAUGAUUAUUAUUAUUAUUAUUAUUAUUAUUAUUAUUAUUAUUAUUAUUAUUAUCAUUACAAUUAUCAUUGUAGUAGAGUACUUAUUUCUAUAGAAGAAAUGCAGGAACUAAUCCCUGUGGUUGGUAUAGGUGUUCAACUAAGCCGUAAAGUCCUAUUGCUGUCUUUAACGUUAGUGUAGGAAACUGUUCUCUUGGUUAUUUGAUGCCCUCGUAACAUUUAUAUUUAUUACUGUUAUUAUUACACAUUGAGGGCUUCUUGUUCUUAUUGUCUUUUCAAGUGUAUUUUUUGGAGUUAAUAUUUUCUGAUAAUCAGGGAAAUGGAACCGUUUCCAGCGUGUUAGCUAUUAUUAUGUGAUGACCUCUGUCAGGAAGUCUAGGAGUCGUAACAUGUUGUGUCAGACAUUUGAAGAACUAUCUUUUUAUCUUCCUGAUGCUGAAUGUCCCUUUUUUUUACUCUGUGUCUCGACCUCCUGAUCUAUGCAAAGAAAACAAAUCACCAGGAGACAAAAAAAACAAAGAAAAGACACAAAAAAAAUGAAAAAGUCAUCAACUCUGACUUGACUCUUGGACUAACAGGGGACCUGGCAAACCAAACAAAGGCACUGACAACAGGAGAGAGAGGUCCACAGCGGCUUCAGACAAUGAGAAACACUAAAUCAGUCGCUUUUUCCACAUGUUUCACUCACACGUACUCCGAGAGUUGCACACAUAGCAGUCGAAAAAAGACAAAGGCGACACAGUGGUGUUUCUCUCUGGCUCCGGGAUAGAUGGACAGAAAGAAAAAGAGAAAGAAAGGAAAGAAAGAGGGAGAGCGAGCAGCUGCUGGUGGGGGUGGACAGAGCCGCCGCUCCAGCGCCACACAGACGGAUCACUCUGGAAAGAACGCAUCACUUGUGCUCGUUUGUUGAGCUGUCACAUUUUAAUCCCCCGGCCGGAGCCCAUUUGGGAACCAACUUUACACCCCUCCACCACUCGCCCCUCCACCCGACACAGUACCCCACAGUGGAGCCCCCCUCACCCCCCCCUGCCAUUCAGCCCUGCCGCCGUCAGCACUUCCACCUCUGUGCUGCUGUGGCCCGGUGUCAGGUACACACUCACAAAACACACACACUUUUCACCAAAAUCCCAACAACAACUGGCCUGCCUCAUGUCUGUCAAGAACUAGGUGGAGAGGACAAGGGGGGGGGGGGUUACUCUCUGACGUUGUGUCUGUGUGCCUUACGUUUUUUUUUCUGCUAUUUAAGAGAAAAGAAAAGCUGAAAAAGAAGCGAUAAAUCUACUAUUUAAGAUAUUUAUUUUUGAGGGUUGACGAUGUUGACGCUCUGAGAGUAGACACUUAGUGGCGGUACUGUAUUAAUAAUAUGACUAUGUACUCAUCUCAAGGCAUAUAUAAGUUAUUGAUUAGUUUUAGUAAUAUUAUUAUUAUUAUAAUUAUUAUUAACAUACUCAACCAAAAAUGUUGAUGUAGGACUUAUUUAAGAUACUGUUAUGUGCACUGUACUUUUAUUUUCUAUCUUUUUCUGAUUCUUUAGAACAUGACAUUAAAUAUUAGCUUAAUGCCUUUUGUAUGGAAGAACUUUAUUUAAAAUGCAGGCCUGUUUGCAUGCACAUUGUACUCUGCCUCUUCUGUGUUUAGACAAAAGGAAAAAAAAAUUUUUUUUGACAAAAACAAGCGAAAAUGCUGCUUUCUCCACUAGAAUGUAUAGACGUCGUCAAGGUUUCAGUAGCCGUGCUUCUUUUUGCCUUAAUAUUCAUCAAGAUGGGCUAUUUUACACUGUUGGGAAUUUUUAUACUUGAACUAUUUCUUACAAGGGAAAUAUGAAAAAAUAAAUGACAAAAAAACUUUUGAAGAAAGCUUUUCAUUGUCACUGGAUGAAGGCAUGUAAAGUGUUACUAUUUAAAUGCAAAGGUCCUGUUGAUAUAAAGAAUUCAGAAUUUCAACACCAUUUAGUCAAAAAUCAGAAUAAAAUGUUCUAUAUUUAAAAAAGCGUGGUGACAUUUCUUUUCCAUGAAGUCAAUAAUGAAGGUUACUUGAAUUUCAACACAUCCUAUAAAUACAUCCUCAUGCUGAUGUUUCCUGGAAAGAUUUUCAUCUUGUUAUAUAUUUCUAUAUAUUUCCUUUGUGUCUAUGUGCAUCAGUAUUUAUC